GUUUUAACUCUCGGCGUCGUCGACGAACUGCGAAAUGGCUUCUGAUGUGCGGAGGUUUUUUUCUAGAGUCGCAAGAGCCGUUAUGAAAUCCUAUCAUGUUCGUCUACUUAACUACCACCAUGACAAUCCUCUCCGUAUUCGUCCAUGGUUCGUUCUUUUUACGACGAUGACGAUGUUAUCCCUCGCGCUGUUAGGGUUUACAAACUUCCAUGAAGCUCUUCCUCUAAGUGACAAACUUCUCCGUUUCAUCUGCUUCUGGGUCGCUACUUUUGUCUUUUAUUUCAUCGUCGACGUGGAUGAACAUGCCAGACGGGUGUGGUUAUGGAGGAACUCGGGAAUGAUAUUGACUGUUUUCACUUGCCUAUUUUGCGGAGGAAUCCUGAGCGAGGUUGUGCAGUCUUUGCUUCCAUUCAAGGAAUUUGAAUUUGGAGACGUUGCAGCAAACUUGCUGGGUUCGACCAUCGGACUUUACUCCGCUUUCCAUCUAGAGCGAUAUUACCGACAUAGAAGAGAAAUUGCUCGUUUGUACCGACCUCUGGAUACAGAUGAGCCAAUUUCAGAAACCGACGAAGACUUAGAUGCUGACGAUGAACUCGUGCUCUCAGGCACUCAAUUAUUACCCUUGUAUCGAACCCGUGGUGCGACAAGUACCGAAGCAAGCCCCGCUCAGGCUGUCGGAAGCUCAAAGGGGAACAAAGAUCAGACUAAACUGCAGAAUGUCUGGGACGAGCGGGAAGAACUUUUUGGAAUCGGGGAUGAUGAAGAGGAUGAUAAUAGCGGUGGAGUGCCAUUGUCAAAGCACGGGAACACCUAAGGCGGGUUGACCAUAAUAUUUGUAGCACAUAAUAAAUAACUGUAUCCAUUACCUCUGACCGCCGUCGCUG